GGUGCUGCGUGGCGCGGAGCCAUGGCGGAAGUGCCCCUCGACUUCCGGCGGCUGCGGUUCCGCGCGAUUCGCGCUGCGCAGGCGGGAAAGGCGGCGGCGCUGCUCUGACUGACCCCCGUGCCGCUACCCCGGGCAUGCCGGGCUGGGGGGGCCGCUGAACCCCUCUGUGCGCUCGUCCCCGUCCCCUCCCGUGCCCCAGCAGCCUCGCAGCCGCCAUGGCCGACACGCUGGAGUUCAAUGAGAUCUACCAGGAGGUGAAGGGUUCCAUGAACGACGGGCGGCUGCGGCUCAGCCGGCAGGGCGUCAUCUUCAAGAACAGCAAGACGGGGAAGGUGGACAACAUCCAGGCCUCGGAGCUGGCCGAGGGCGUGUGGCGGCGCGUGGCUCUGGGGCACGGCCUCAAACUGCUCACCAAGAAUGGCCACGUCUACAAGUACGACGGGUUCCGGGAGUCGGAGUUUGACAAGCUCUCGGAUUUCUUCAAGGCCCACUAUUGCCUGGAGCUGGCAGAGAAGGACUUGUGUGUGAAGGGCUGGAACUGGGGCACAGUGAGGUUUGGAGGGCAGCUGCUGUCCUUCGACAUCGGGGAGCAGCCCGUGUUCGAGAUCCCCCUCAGCAACGUGUCCCAGUGCACCACGGGCAAGAACGAGGUGACGCUGGAGUUCCACCAGAACGACGACGCCGAGGUCUCGCUCAUGGAGGUCCGGUUCUACGUGCCGCCCACCCAGGAGGACGGCGUGGACCCCGUGGAGGCCUUCGCCCAGAACGUGCUGUCCAAGGCGGAUGUGAUCCAGGCCACCGGCGAUGCCAUCUGCAUCUUCCGGGAGCUGCAGUGCCUGACGCCGCGCGGGCGCUACGACAUCCGCAUCUACCCCACCUUCCUGCACCUGCACGGCAAGACCUUCGACUACAAGAUCCCCUACACCACCGUGCUGCGCCUCUUCCUGCUCCCGCACAAGGACCAGCGCCAGAUGUUCUUUGUGAUCAGCCUGGACCCCCCGAUAAAGCAAGGCCAGACCCGAUACCACUUCCUGAUCCUGCUGUUCUCCAAGGAUGAGGACAUCUCCCUGACCCUCAACAUGAACGAGGAGGAGGUGGAGAAGCGCUUCGAGGGGCGGCUCACCAAGAACAUGUCAGGGUCCCUCUACGAGAUGGUCAGCCGGGUGAUGAAGGCGCUGGUGAACCGCAAGAUCACCGUGCCCGGAAACUUCCAGGGACACUCCGGAGCCCAGUGCAUCACCUGCUCCUACAAGGCCAGCUCGGGGCUGCUGUACCCGCUGGAGAGGGGCUUCAUCUACGUGCACAAGCCGCCCGUGCACAUCCGCUUCGACGAGAUCUCCUUCGUCAACUUCGCCCGCGGCACCACCACCACCCGCUCCUUCGACUUCGAGAUUGAGACCAAGCAGGGCACGCAGUACACCUUCAGCAGCAUAGAGAGGGAGGAGUACGGGAAGCUCUUCGACUUUGUCAAUGCCAAGAAGCUGAACAUCAAGAACCGGGGGCUGAAGGAGGGAAUGAAGCAGAGCUACGAUGAAUACGCUGACUCUGAUGAGGACCAGCACGAUGCCUACUUGGAGAGGAUGAAGGAGGAGGGCAAAAUCCGGGAGGAGAACGCCAACGACAGCAGCGAUGGAUCUGGGGAGGAGACAGAUGAGUCCUUCAACCCUGGAGAAGAGGAUGAUGAUGUGGCUGAAGAGUUCGACAGCAACGCCUCGGCCAGUUCCUCCAGCGGCGACGGCGACAGCGACCGCGACGACAAGAAACCCGCCAAGAAGGCCAAGAUCGUCAAGGACCGCAAGCCCCGCAAGAAGCAGCAGGAGAGCAAGAAGGGGAAGGACCCCAACGCUCCCAAGCGCCCGAUGUCGGCGUACAUGCUCUGGCUGAACGCCAACCGGGAGAAGAUCAAGUCGGACCACCCUGGCAUCAGCAUCACCGACCUGUUCAAGAAGGCCGGGGAGCUCUGGAAGGCCAUGUCCAAGGAGAAGAAGGAGGAGUGGGAUCGGAAGGCAGAAGAUGCCAGGCGGGACUAUGAGAAGGCCAUGAAGGAGUACAGUGUGGGCAGCAAGGCCGACAGCCACAGGGGGGAGAGGUCAAAGAAGAAGAAGAAGAAGCAGGAGAAGCAGAUGAAGGGGAAAGGGGACAAGAAAGGUGCCACCUCCAAGUCCUCGUCCUCCAAGUCCCCGGCCAAGAGCAUGAGCGACAGCUUCAAGAGCAAGGAGUUUGUGUCCAGCGACGAGAGCUCCUCUGCAGAGAGCAAGAAGGAGGACUCGGAGGAGGAGGGGGCUGCCAGCCCACCCCCCAGCUCGGAGGACUCGGCGUCCGGCUCGGAUUAGCCCCAUCCCGGCUGGCUCCAGGCUGGUUCCCAGGUCGGCGAGAGGACUGGGCGGGCCGGCCCCGCGGCAGAGACCGGGGUCCCGGGCUCGGGAUGGCUCCCACUGGGAGCAGGGCUGGGGGGCCCUCAUCCCCCCCAUCGCCCCGUGCCUGGCUGGGGGUGCGAGACCUCGUGGUGGCAGGAGGUGCCGGAGGCUCCUCAGUGCCCCCUCACCCCUGUUCCCCAUCAAUUUAUUUUUUUUAAACACUCGGGUUUCUUUCCUUUUCUUUCCUUCACUCGUUGAUUUUUUUGGUGGUGUUUUUUUUUUUUUUUUUUUGUAUUUUGGGUCUGUUCACAUGGCAACUUGGAUUGAAUAAAAAAACCCCGCCGAGGG